AUGGUAAGUGAGUGCAUAACUGAUUGAAUAUGUCAAUAUGUCAAGGACAGUAACACUGUAUUGAAGAGAUGGUAUUUUUUUUGUUAAUUACACUAACUGCAGUAUAUGAGUGUUUACCUAAUAUGUUUUGUUGGAGUGUGUAUUCACUCAUGGUUUAAUUGCUGUGUGUGUAUGAUCAGAUUGUUGACACAGAGACACCCUCACGUAGGCCUCCCCCUCACCUGGAGUCUCUGAAGGGCAGGAGGGACCAGUCUGUCACCACCAAAGAGGACAUGGAGGAGAGGAUGAGGCAGGCCGAGGAGAGACGCAACAAGGUGAGGAAUAUGAUAAAAGUGGCCUAUGAAGAGCUAGUGAUUAUGACAUGAAAAAUAGGAAUGUUAGGUGAGAGGAAGAAGGGAAAACUGGCUUAAGGGGGUUAAACAGGGACCAACUUCAACUAUAUUUGCCUUGAAUAUGACCGGUGCUCAUAGCCAACUUCAUACUACACACAUACUCUUUCAUCACUCACUACAUUUCUUUGUUUUCUCUUUUAGCGCAAAGAGGAGGAGCUGAAGGUGAGGCUGAGGACUAAGUCAGCUGGUGUCUGUGGCCCAAACACUGCAGCGAAAACCGGAGAGGGGGACGUAUUCACCCCUGUGGAGGUCCUCCAGGCCCCUGACACCCCACCCAGCCCGAGAGGGAUCCAGCAGGACCCACCGGACACAGACCCGACCCAGACCCAGGGAGGAGGGGAUGGAGGGGUCAGGGAGAGUGGGGGUGAGGGAGUCAGAAGUGGGGUCAGUGGGCAGCUUCUAUCAGCCUCUCUGGAGAUGGAGAAUGACUCCACGUUUCAACAGAUUGAGCAAACUGUGGAGAUGUUCUAG